GCGCGUGGAGUUGUCAGAUUUUACGGAAUAUUCCCGAAAUAUCAUCUUGUUUGCGCUGUGAUAGAGAUCAUUUCUGCCGUCAGCUGAACCCGUGUGUAUACCCGUGUAUAAUUUCAGAGGGCAAUGUUUUGUGUGUGAGGUGCACCCAAUGACCUGUAUGAUAUCACCGUUCGCUUUGAGAUGACCAAGGAGAACUAAAAGACACCCUGGCGCCACCUCAAGGUUUCUAUUUCUCCGUCUCCUGCCUCCACUCCACUAUGGGUUCCCGAAGUCAGGGGUUCUUCCACCACCAAGAUCACCAUCACCACCAUCAUCCCCACCACCACCACCGCAGUUCAGUGGUGCCCACAGCCGUCCCCCGAUUGCUGCCCGAGACCAGCAGCCUGUUGGGGGGCAUCGCCCAGAUCACUCCUUCCCUGUUCCUCGGCCGGGGGAAUGUGGCGUCCAACCGCAACCUCCUCCUGUCCAAAGGGAUUACCUGUGUGGUGAACGCCACCAUCGAGCUACCCAACUUCAACUGGCCACACAUGGAGUACGUGAAAGUGCCACUGGCCGAUAUGCCUCAUUCUCCGAUCUCGCUUUAUUUUGACAGUGUGGCUGAUAAGAUCCACAGCGUGGGCCACAAACGGGGAGCCGUGCUAGUGCACUGCGCGGCUGGGGUGAGCCGCUCCGCCUCGCUCUGUUUGGCCUACCUCAUGAAGUACCACAGAGUUUCCCUGGCCGAGGCUCACGCUUGGGUCAAAUCCCGCCGACCCGUCAUUCGUCCUAAUGGAGGGUUCUGGCGACAGCUCAUUGAGUACGAGAGGAAACUGUUUGGCAGGAACUCUGUGAAAAUGAUCCAGACACCAUACGGGGUCAUUCCCGAUGUGUACGAGAGAGACCGCAGGAACUUGGCACCUUACUGGGGCUUGUGAAGAGGGGUUUGGACUUUGGUUCAAGCACAGAGGACUGGUCCGCCAAGUGAUUUUUGACUCCACUGUCUUCCGGCCUCUUUCCGUACGUCCACAAGUCCCUCCUGCCAGAGAAUAAAGUCAGAUGGGAGUGCUUAUGUCCAUUUUCAAGAUGGAAAAAGUCACUUUGAGUGCAUAUUUUAUGAGGUCAGAAGUGAUAAUCCAUCCUUGAAUGCUGAAAUUUUGGCGAUGAUAAUGUUGGUUUUAGGAGCACUUUGGGAACCAAGUGUGGUGCUGAGAAUCAGGAAUUCAGUCCUUGGUUAAGACUUAUCAAUCGUAAUAUUGUGAGGAUGUUGUUUCAGUUUGGCUUGCUGUCUGAUUUUGAUUACUGGUAGCAUUUGAAAAUUAUAUAUAGUAAAAA